ACUUGACAAAAUGACUCUUAGUAUAGAUUAGUGGCAAGUGUGAGACUUUGACAUACAGGUAGGAAGUUUUCACCCAACGCUAGCAAUAGUUUCAUGAAACAUUUUCAAGAAAAAUGUUAUUCAAGAUGUUAUUUGUCAGUAAUUUUAUGUCUCAAUAUUGCAGGAUAUCAACUCAAAUACCACUUUCAAUAUUAUUGUGAUUAUUUGUGUUACAAAUGUUGAUGCAAUGACGUCUGGGGGAAUACAGGACUAUAAACUGGGUAUUAAUAUUUUCUAUUCAAUCAUACAUUUCAAUUUUAAUCAUUUAAAAUGACAUUGAAUGUGUUUGUUACUAACUUCAAUAUUCUGAGACUAAAAAUAGUUUCUGAUUUUGCCAAUGCUAUUAAAUGCUGAAAAUCCUUUCAAAACUAUUCUCAACACGCAAAUUCCUAGUAUGUCACAAUAGAGCUUGUUUAAAUGUACUUUCAAAUUAAUAGCAUAGAUUAUUACGUGAUGCCCUAUUACAUAGUUAUUGCGCACGCGUUUACACUUGGUUAAUGUUAGCAUAGCCUCGUCAAUCUACAAGCAGUCGUUUUGUGAGGAUGAAUUGUACCAUUGAUGGAAACUGUAUAAAAGUGUUUGGAAAGGCCAUUCAUGCACUUUCACGAAUUGGAGAUGAGCUGUGGUUGGAUCCCACCGUCAAAGGGCUGGCUCUGAGAUCAGUGAACUCCUCUCAGUCUGCAUAUGGCUGCUUCUUAUUCUCAUCGAUGUUCUUCCACAACUACAGCCUGGCAUCAAAGCAGACGAGUGAAUUGAUUAAAUGCAAGCUUUACGUGAAGUCUUUGCUACCACUUUUCCGAUGUUUGACUUCUAUCGAACGAAAUGUGGAGCGAUGUCAGAUCUCAUUGAGUACUCCCAAUGACAAAAUAAUAAUAAAGUUUGUCUGUCGGCACGGCAUCACCAAAACCCAUAACCUGUGUUACCAGGAGAGUCCAGCUCUGCGAGCAGUGUUUGAUUCACAUCUCUGUCCCAAUGUGCUAAAGGGUCCUGCCAGGCUUCUUGCCAAUAUGGUGAUGCACUUCCAAAGAUCCCAGGAGGAAGUCACCCUCUCCAUAAGUCCUCUCCAAGUCAUUCUGAGAAAUUACCAUGAUGGAAGAAAUGAUCACAUGAAGAUGAUGUUCACUGAGAUGUCCUUACACCCCGACGAGUUUGACAAUUUUCUGUGCGGAGGGGACUCGGCCAUAACCUUCUGUCUGAAGGAGCUGAGGGGUCUGCUGUCCUUUGCAGAGAUGCACUGCCUACCAGUUUCCGUGCAGUUUGGUCCUGCAGGAAUGCCUGUGUGCUUUUCUGUGGCGGACACGGUCCUGGAGGCCACUGUGGUGUUGUCUACUUUGACAGACAGUGGAGCCCAUUCCCAAUCCCAACCAACAAAUACCCCAGACCCAACUUCACAGACCAGGCACACAGAUGUUGCAGCUAGAGAUCAACCCUCGAAUCAUCACGCUGGCAUAGAAGUGGUCGCAUCCAGCCAGGGUAGCCCCAUCAACCCAUCAACUCCUCUGGUGGAGCUUCACAAGCGCACCCUUCUUACACUUGGCACUCCCGAUGCGACUGUGAGUGGCGCCUCCUCAAUGGUUUGCUCCCUCCUGUUCCGGGCUUUGUCAUCAGAGCAGAAUGAUGAGAACGCAACUGUUCUGGCUUGUGACAGUGACAUGGAGGAGGAAGAUGGAGAGAAUAGAAAGACCCCCCAGUAUUAGUGGUCAUCUGGACUUACUUUGUCUACUUGUUCACAGUCCUCAUUUAUCUAAUUCUUAAGAGGAUUUAUUGGGUUAUUUAUUGCAUCUGUAAUUCAAAUCAUCUAACAGGAAAAUGAAAUGUUCAGCAUACGAGUUGGUCUGCAAAUGAAUUGCAUCAGUCCUUUCAUACAAGAGAAUAAUAAAUACUAUCUUUAUUUAAAUAUUGUACAGCAGAUCUGCAUUAAAGUGUACACUCAAAAUAUACAGACAUGCUCUUGCUUGUCUGGAGGACAACGAAGAAAUUCUUCUUGGUGGAAGUAGUCUGGAGUAGCCGUACCACCCAACCAGGAAAUUGCCGAGUCACGUUAAGAUUGCCCUGAGACACGUAAUAAUGCUUUCCAAUAUAGCAUUCCAUGCUUUUCUCUGACUCCCUUUUGUCUUCCAAUGUUCUCUUAUUAAAGAAACAGUUCUUUAGUGCAAUCUUGUAAACUGGAACCUUAUAUGGAUGGCUUUAUCACCGUCACUCAGAGCUUGUGACUGACUUGAGCAAAAUAAUUUCAGCAAAGUAUAAGUCAAACUAAUUUUCAAGACUGCGGGGCAAGAUGAGGACAUUUUAACUCAUGGUUACUUGCAGUUUGAGGCUUUGAGCUCACCAACUGGCACACUGAGGAAUUUAAAGAAUUAUCUUUGACAGUAUCAACAUUGGUUACAUUACCAAACUACGGAAAAUUAUUAGACUAAAAAGGUAUAUAAUAUGUGAUGCACAUAAAAAUAAUCUUAUGGUGCUCCAGCAACAAACCAAAAAUGCCAAUUAUGUUUUGAGUCGGUUUAAAGUAAACUAUUUGGUUAAAGUAAAAAAAAAAAAACGAAAAAAAAAUACACUUUCUCUUCAGCUUUUGUGCGUUGAAAGCCACCACACGA